AUGCGGCAAAUAGCUACUCGCGCCGCCCUUGCGGCAGUUUUCCUCGCGGCCUCGGUGCUCGCGCAUGAUGAUGAAUCGACGAAUACGAAUAUGAAUAUGGACAUGAACAUGAACAUGAAGACACCGGCCUCGGCGGACCCUGUACAUCCAAAUAGUGAAGGACCGAUGAGCUACUUCGCCUACGAUAAACACAGAGGCGCCAUUUUGGCGCAUAUCGGUUUGAUGGUCGCGGCCUGGUGCUUCUUGCUUCCUAUAUCGGUCAUGCUUAGCAUUGCGCACUCACGAUUUGCGCUACCGUCGCAAUUCGUGUUUAUGCUGUGCAACGCCUUCGGCUUGCUUCUCGGCAUUAUUUAUAAUGAGCAGACACCCGACCUAUACGAGAAUAACGCACACCACAAGAUCGGAUGGAUUAUCACCUGGGUGGUCAGCACUCAACUCAUCUUGAGCUUGAUCUUUGUCUAUGCCGGCCGCGGCGAGUCGAAGACUGAGUCUAGAUCUUUUGAGCGUGCUACUUUCCUCCCCGUCGCAACCGAUGGCAAUGAGCAUGUCCGCGUUUUCCCUACUGCUCCAAUGCACGAAUAUAGGGACAGUGGACAGGGCACUGAACCUAACUCGCCCAGCGACAGCCCUGCCUCUCCAUCUUUCGAGCCUCCGGAAUACGACGGAUUCGAGAAACCCGAGGAUGAUAUACCCAGCGAGACUACUGGACCGCGCCGUUGGAUCAAGAGCACCUUUGUGGAUCGUUUCCUGUCGAGACUCGUGCCUGGGAUGGUUUCCAACCACGUCUUGCGCGUUUUCUACGUGGUAUAUAAGGUGAUCGACCGGAUAAUUCUUCCCUUCGGCUUCGUUGCUAUGGCCUCUGGUGCGGUCACGUAUGGCGGUAUAAUGCGCAAGACGGAUAUUUUCAAUGGCCUGGCGCACUUUAUCAAGGGUGGGAUCUUCUUCUGGUAUGGUGUGCUCACCCUCGGCCGCUAUAUCGGCUGCUGGGCGGAUCUAGGCUGGGCUUGGAACAAGAAGCCCUCCGCUUCCAUCGUCGGCAACUGGAAGUCCAAGGUCCCGUCGGCAGAAUGGACUGAGUCCUUUGUCAUCUUUUUCUAUGGCAUCACUAACGUCUUCCUGGAACACCUUUCCAAUGCGGGCAAGGGGUGGUCGACAACGGAUUUGGAACAUGUCUCCAUCACAGUCCUCUUCUUCGGUGGUGGCCUGGCCGGCAUGCUCUUUGAAUCUUCGCGUAUCCGUGAUGCCCUUAACAGCACAAUUCUUCGCUACCCAGGACACGGUACUCGCGAUGAAGGCUGGCAGCUUCCAAGAUCACAGACCGUGUCUCUAAAUCCUAUGCCGGCUUUGGUCAUCCUACUCCUUGGUAUGAUGAUGGGUUCGCACCACCAAAUGAGCAUGACCUCGACAAUGAUACACAAGCAAUGGGGUAACAUGCUGGUUGGUUUUGCACUAGCUCGCUGCAUGACCUAUGUCCUACUAUACAUUCGCCAACCCACUUCAUACCUACCUGCUCGUCCGCCGACUGAGAUCGUCGCUGCAUUCUGCCUCAUGUCUGGAGGUCUUAUCUUUAUGAUGAGUACUCGCAACGUCAUCGAGGCCAUGGAAUAUUACGAAGUCGAUGCGAUGUUCACCUUCACCGUGGGCCUGGGCUUCACAGCCUUCAUUAUGGCUCUGGAGAUUCUGGCCAUUGCACUCAAGGCAUGGGCCGUGAAGCGCGAGCAGCCUCCACAGCUGACUUACCGCUUCCCAUGA